UGGGCCCGGUGGGUGUUGACCAAUGAGAGCUCGACAACAGCCAGAUGGAUCCCUCCCUCUUCUUCCCCUCAUCUCUCCUCUCCUCCUCUCCUUAAAGCUAGCUAGCCGCCUGCCUCGCCGGCGACCUAUCGCCUCCCAUCGAUCCUCUCCUCCGCCGUCGCCAGCACCAGCUGCAUCGGAGAAGCGGAAGAUGGGCCGCGGGAAGGUGCAGCUGAAGCGGAUAGAGAACAAGAUAAACCGGCAGGUGACCUUCUCCAAGCGCCGCAACGGCCUCCUCAAGAAGGCGCACGAGAUCUCCGUCCUCUGCGACGCCGAGGUCGCCGCCAUCGUCUUCUCCCCCAAGGGAAAGCUCUACGAGUACGCCACCGACUCGCGCAUGGACAAAAUUCUUGAACGUUAUGAGCGCUAUUCCUAUGCUGAAAAGGCUCUUAUUUCAGCUGAAUCUGAAAGUGAGGGAAAUUGGUGCCACGAAUACAGGAAAUUGAAGGCGAAGAUUGAGACCAUACAAAAAUGUCACAAGCACCUCAUGGGAGAGGAUCUUGAGUCUCUGAACCUCAAAGAACUCCAACAACUGGAGCAGCAGCUGGAGAGUUCAUUGAAGCACAUUAGAUCAAGAAAGAGCCACCUUAUGGUCGAGUCCAUUUCUGAGCUACAAAAAAGGGAGAGGUCGCUGCAGGAGGAAAACAAGGCCCUGCAGAAGGAACUGGCGGAGAGGCAGAAGGUGAUGAGGCAGCAGCAGGUGCAGUGGGACCAAGCCCAGACCCAGACUCAGGCCCAAGCCCAGACAAGCUCGUCAUCUUCCUCCUUCAUGAUGAGGCAGGAUCAGCAGGCACUUGCCCCUCCAUCAAACAUCUGCUACCCGCCGGUGACCAUGGGAGAGAGGAGCGACGAUGCCGCAGCGGCGGCGACGGGGCAGGCGCAAGCGCAAACGCAACUUCGCAUUGGUGGACUGCCGCCAUGGAUGCUGAGCCACCUCAAUGCUUGAGGAUGGCUAUCGUCGUCGCACGUCAACCUCCACCUUCACCAUGAUUGCCAUGCUUCCAUCGAUCUAAGUUCUAGCUCCAGUUAAUGGCAGUUAAGCUAUUAUUGUGAUAUUGCGCCCUACAUAUAUUACGAUUUGCAAGAAGGGUAACCAUUGUAUAAUCUUGCUCAGCAUUGUACCAACUUAUGCAUGCAUGCUCGUACCAACUUAUGCAUGCAUGCUUGCUCGUUGCGUAGUAGUAAUCAAUCAGAAUCGGUUGCCCUUGGAUCA